AUGAGCGCGCCGAGUACGCCGAGGGCCGUCCUUCUGAAGGGGCCUACGCUAAACUCGAAAGUGUUUAUGACCGCGCUCCCGGAGCGACAUGAGGACUUGGUCGCCAAGGCAUGCGAUCUCUUCCGCGUGCCUGCUGACCAUACGCCGCAGCUGUACGUGUCGUGUCAAGCUUCCGUCGGCCCAGCGUCGAGUGAGCAGCGUGGGGCCUUGCUUCUGGCUGAUGCGAUGCCCUUCCUUCGUGAUCGCGAAAUGAUCACUGUGCGGUGGGCACCGACGGAUGUGCCUCGACGUGAUAAGGACGGUCGUGUCCAGUGGGAUCCCAAGCUGGACGACGUGCGUGCCGGCCUCACCCCUGUGCCACGCGUCCCCGGCCCACCGCUUUGGCGCGGUCCACAGGCGCGAGCUAUGCAUGUUGCUCGCGUGCUGGAGCGCGAACGUGCCAACUACAGCGACGAUACAGUUCGGAAACCUGUGCUGGCCAGCCCUUCGUCGCCGAUGCCAUCAGUGGCAUCCUCCGACCCCACGACGGCCGCAUCGACUCCAACCCCCCCGACGACCGACGACGUGUCGUCUGUGUAUACCAAGCCUGCUGCUAUGCCGCCAUCCGAGUCGCCCUUCCACGAGCCGCUUCUCUCGCCGCCGCCCAGCUCACCGACCGAGUCGCCCAGCUCUGCAGCACGACCUACGCCGACGGAAGCUCUAGAUAUGCCCAUGUCGCCAACACCCCAACGUAAAAUGGCGCCUUUGGAGUGGCCUGGUGAUAGUGACGACGACGCCUCUCCGCGUCUGCGCCUGGCUCGUGAUACCAAACCGACGACGUCAGACGAAGUUCCUCCGUCGACUGUCACAGAUCCGGACGACGAGGGCGCGAUGGACGACACUGCCACAUCUUCACGCAAGGGCGGCUUUGGUGCAUGGUGUGCACGUUUGAAUCCGUUUGCGCGUGGUGAGGAAGAGAUGGCGCAGCGCACAGCCUCACCGCCUCGUAGCACUUCCCCACGAACGCGGAAAGCCACUGAGGACGACAACGAUGCGGCCAAGACGCCUGCGACGGACACACCUACCUCCUCACCCUGGACCGCACAGGGCGCUGUGGCGUACGAUAUCAUGACCCAGGUUCUUGUCGCUGUUCGUGAGCAUCCAAAGAAUGUCCACUUUACCAAGCCCCAUGAAUUCCGCUGGCCACAGCAGGAUGGAUCGACGUUGGGCGUGUGUGUGUCCAAGCGCACGUUUGACUCUGAGGCGCCCCUGGCCGUGUUUGCCGAGGCGCUGCAUGCCUUUUUCGAUACGAAACCUGUGUCCGUGACCGGUACGAUGCGUGCGCACGAACGGGAAGCCGCCAUGCUUCUCAAGUUUGCCGAGACGUUGAUGGGCGAGCUGCAGCGUACAAGUGCGCCGCCGCCACCGCCUGCGCCGGAACCCAAGGUGGCCGCGCCUGCUACCUCGACGCGUGGCAAGCGUGGUGCCGCGGCGGUUCAGCGGGCUGAGACGGAGGCACCUGUCGCCAAACGCACGCGUCGGUCCUCGCGGCGUGCCACUGGCCGUCGCUCCUAG